AUGGCCAACUACACUUCACUUUUCCUCUUCCUCCACACUCUUCUCUUCACUUUGCCAUUGACCCUACCUGCCAUUAUAGCAGCUUCAGCUAAUAGCCCUCGUGCAAUUUCACCAUCUCUGCGACGAUUAGUUACAAAACUCAUUAACCGCGACUCCAUUUCCUCUCCUUACUAUGACGCUGCCAAAGCCACCGUCUCCGGCCAUGCUUCACGUUCCUUGAAACACUCUAUGGCGCGUUUGGCCUACUUGCAAUCCAAGGCCAUGUCGAACAAUAAUGUUUCACCAACCAUUGACAUCGGAGUUGUCGCAGCGGAGAGCACCGUGCAGUUCUUGGCCAACUUCUCCAUCGGCGAACCGCCGGUGUCGCAGUUGGUAACCAUGGAUACCGGCAGCAAUCUGUUGUGGGUUCAGUGUCUUCCUUGCGUCAGGUGCUUUGAACAAUCGAGCCCGGUUUUUGAUCCGUCGAAAUCUUCAACAUACCGAAACUUGGACUGUAACUCUGGUUUUUGUUCGGGAGGAAACUGCGAUUUAUCAAAAAACUGUAAAUUUUCUCUUGGGUAUGUGGACGGAACCCAUGUCGCCGGCCUAAUGGCGACUGAGAAGCUGACUUUUAGUACCUCCGAUGAAGGUUUAACGUCUGUGACCGACGUGAUUAUCGGCUGUGGACAUAACAACAACGACUUCGAUAGGCAACAGAGCGGGAUUCUGGGUCUGGGUCCUAAUCCAAUCUCUUUGGUGAACAAGCUGGAUUCAAAAUUCUCUUACUGCUUGGGGAGAAUCAGAGAUCCUAAUUACAUGGAUAACCAGUUGAUAUUCGGUGAUGCAGCAGACAUGGAAGGUUUUUCAACUUCCUUAGAAGUUUUCAACUCGCUUUACUAUCUCAACAUGGAGAAGAUCAUUGUUGGCGAGAAGGCGCUCGAUAUCAACCCAGAGACGUUCAAAAGAACGAAUUCCGGCGCCGGAGGGACCGUCAUUGACAGCGGUACGACGAUCACGUUCCUGAGUAAUGCCGCCUUCGAUGCUCUCGCCGGUGAAGUGAAGAGCCUACUGGAAGGAGUUCUGGAACGUGUGAACAACCCGGAUCAGCCGUCGCAGUUGUGCUACAGGGGGAGAGUUGAUCGGGACUUGGAGGGAUUUCCGGUGGUGACGUUUGGGUUCGCCGGAGGUGCGGAGCUGGGAUUAGAUGCAGAGAGCAUGUUUCAGGAGAAUGGUGGUGAUGAAUUCUGCAUGGCGGUGCAUGGUAGCAAUCUUCAUGAGUUGAAUGUGAUUGGAGUCAUGGCUCAACAGAACUACAACAUUGGUUAUGAUCUUUUGGGGAAGAAGAUUUUCUUUCAGAGAAUUGAUUGUCAACUUCUUGAUUAA